CGUGAAUAUGUUGACCUGUCCACGUUAAACACUUUACAAGGCUUUGCACGUUCAUUUCUGUACUCUUCGGUUUCUGCAAGUUUUAGCAGGUUAUGGGUAGCAACCUUUCGUUGCCUAGUCCUAGCGCUGCCGCCAAAUACUUGCAUUUCUAUACUGAACUUGAAAAAACUAGGAUAGAACGUCAACUGGCUAUAGAGCAGCUCUUGGAACAGCGACGGAGGGCUUACAAGUUAGCUGAAGAACGAGAGAAAUUGAAAUGGACAGCGUCUGGAGGCGGUAUUAUGAUGAUGUUUUGUGUGUUCUCGUGGAUGCAUCACAAGAACAUGAUGCAUCUUUUGCCCAUUUUUGUCGCCGUUCCAUACUUGGGAUAUGAAGCGCAUUACUGCUAUGGAGACAAAUUAGCUCUUAUUGAUAAGGCAGCAAAACAAAUUCGAACUGAAAAGAUUGAUGAGCUGGUGCCCAGUGCGAUAUCUGUCGAAGAUGUUCGAAAACGAAUUGAAGAAUUGAGGCAAAUUAGGGAAGAUGAGAAGUAUCUAGCGCAGUAGAGGAGAUAAGAUGUGGUUUGUGUUUUUCAAAUCACCACAGGGCAACUGGAUUGUCACUGCAUUUAUGUCCCCAUGUAGUAGCUGCUCUUAGAGAGUGCUGUUCGAUCUAGUACAAAUAGCUGUGAUAAGUUGAUAGUAAUAAAUGUUCUUACUGGUAUG